AUGGCUGCCAAGACUCCCAACGACGAGCACAAGGGGCCGAAUGACCAACACCUUACACUGAUCACGGUUGCUGCCGGUGAGGGUGGUGACACAAAGAAGCGGAAGAACAAGAAGAAGAAGAACAAGAAGAAGAAGGCUCUAGUGCAGACGGAGCCUCCAUCAAUCCUUGUCUCCAAGUUGUUUCCAAAGGGCAACUACCCCAAGGGCGAAGAGGUCGAGUAUAAAAACGACAACCUCUAUCGCACAACUGACGAAGAAAAACGUCAUCUUGAUAAUCUCAACAGCGACUUUCUCUCUGAUUACCGCCAGGCGGCCGAAACUCAUCGUCAGGUCCGUCAAUGGGCCCAGAGAAACAUCAAGCCGGGUCAGACCCUCACUGAGAUCGCCAACGGCAUCGAAGACAGUGUGCGGCGUCUACUCGGUCACGAUGGUUUGACUGAAGGUGACUCUAUUAUUGCCGGCAUGGGCUUCCCGACUGGGUUGAACAUUGAUGACAUUGCUGCGCAUUACAGUCCAAACGCAGGCGAUAAAGUUAUCCUUCAGCAGAAUAAUGUCAUGAAAAUUGACAUUGGCGUCCAUGUAAAUGGCCGUAUUGUGGACAGCGCAUUCACAAUGGCCUUUGAUCCCAUGUACGACAACCUGCUGGCAGCUGUCAAAGACGCUACGAACACUGGCGUCCGUGAGGCCGGAAUUGAUGUUCGCCUCGGAGAACUAGGCGGAUUCAUCCAAGAAGCCAUGGAGAGCUACGAAUGCGAGAUCAACGGAACAACCUACCCAAUCAAGUCGAUUCGCAACAUAGGCGGUCAUACGAUCUUGCCGUAUCGCAUCCACGGCACCAAGAGCAUCCCAGCCGUAAAGUCAGACGACAUGACCAAAAUGGAAGAGGGUGAUAUCUUUGCCAUUGAGACCUUUGGCAGCACUGGCAACGGCCGGGUUUACGAUCAAGGCGACGUCUCACAUUAUGCCCUGCGCGCAGAUGCGCCUAAUGUGGACUUGCGCUUGUCUUCGGCUAAGUCACUGUUGAAUGUGAUCAAGAAGAACUUCCACACGAUUCCGUUUUGCCGACGCUACUUGGAUAGAAUUGGACAAGAAAAGUAUCUCCUCGGUCUUAACACUCUUGUAAAAUCGGGCAUCGUGGAAGCUUAUCCGCCUUUGGUCGACAAGAAAGGGUCCUAUACGGCCCAAUUCGAGCAUACGAUUUUGCUCAGACCUACCGUGAAGGAGGUCAUUAGCCGUGGAGACGACUACUGA